UAAUUAGCAGAAAGCACGUAGACGUCAGCACAGCGCGAGCAAGUUGAAUGUAGUCUCGGCCAUAGACAUGAAUACAGGCUCGACUGCUUGAUGACAGGAAGAAUACGGCUGUUUGAAAGUGCGGCUAAAAAUGAAGAUCCUGAUGGUGUUUGAUUUUGACCACACUGUGGUGGACGAGAACUGUGACAUCUGGGUCAUCAAGUGUCUUCCGCAGCAGACUCUCCCAGAGUCUGUGGAGAGCACAUACAGGAGGGGCCAGUGGACUGAGUACAUGGGCAGAGUGAUGGCCUACAUAGGAGACCAGGGGGUCGCCCCCGACCGGGUCCGCAGCGUCAUGGAGACCAUCCCCUUCACACCCGGCAUGCUGGAGUUGCUCACAUUCAUAUCCGAGAAUAAAAGUACGGUGGACUGCAUCGUCGUCUCCGAUGCCAACACCAUGUUCAUCGACUGGGUCCUGCAGGGGGCGGGACUCCGGGUAGCUGUGGACCAGGUGUAUUCCAACCCGGCCAGCAUCAGCGAGUCCGGCUACAUGGAGCUGCGACCCCACCACUCGCACCAGUGCGCCAAGUGCCCCGUGAACAUGUGCAAGAAGAAAGUCCUGGAGACGUACCUUUCCGGGAAGGCAGACGGCGGCGAGGUGUACGGGCGGGUGUUUUACGUGGGGGAUGGCGGGAACGACCUCUGCCCCUCGUUCUGUCUGAGUGGGCGUGACGCUGUGAUGCCCAGGAAGGGCUACACCCUGGAUAAGAUGCUGACCCGACUAAGCGAUCAGGAAGGCAACGACUCCAUUUCAGCUAAGGUUAUUCCAUGGAGCAGCGGCGCCGACAUCCUGCAGGAACUGAAAGACAGUCUGCAGUCUCAAUGAUCCACAUCCUCACCACACACAGUCAAAUGAUUUUAUUAUGGCUCUUGUGUUUUUAAUUGGAACUGAAGAAUUUGUAGGGAUAAAGUGAUUUUAUUAUAAUAACAACUCAGGCUGUCGCAGCAAACAAUCAAUUAAUUGCAUGAUCAAUUAAAGCGAGCUUGAUCAUUUCCAUUCUGAUGAUUAAUAUCUUUCCAUUUCAUAAUCCAUUUUAUCGAUGAUUUUUUAAAAUGUUUUAUUUGCUCUUUGUUUAUUGUUUUUGGUUGUUAAGUUUAAUUUUGGAUAUUUAAGAUGUCUUCCAGUCCCAGUGUGAAGUAUUUAGUGCAGAAUGAAAGUUUAUUAGUCUUUGAGAGGGCAAACUUGCAUUAUUAUGGGAUUACCAAUAUAUUAGUUGAAAAUGGCCUCAAAACGACAAUAUUAUUGUUUAUUGCAAUAACCUCUAGGCCAAUUUAUCAUCCAGAACAUUUUGUUAACAACUACGUCAUUUAAAAGAAAAAAGAUUUGAUAGCUACGUUAUGCCUUUAUGAAUAUUUAAGAAUAUAACAAAAGUAAAUUUAUCUUGACCAGACGAGAGCACGAAAGAAUAACAAAUAAUAAUAAAAACUACUUUUUAGUUAUCAGUGUGCGUUUUAAAUGACAUCCCUUCUCACCCCUUCUCAGGGUUUCCUGUGUAGCUUCAAAAACGUAAUGGUUAGCAUUAAGAAUCAGGAAAAAAAAAAACCCCGACAUUUUUGUGCCACACGCUUUACCUUAGUAUAAAUGUUCUAAUAUUCUGAAACUCAAUAUUCAAAUCAUUGUGUUUCCAUCUGAUUACAGGUGGCUAAACAUGACCAUGUGUUGGCCUCAUGGAAAUAUUUGCAUUUGUGGAUUUGUAACAUAUUUGUGAGUUAAAUGAAUUUGUCUUGUGAUUUAUAUGUUAGUUAUUUGAAAUUUUGGAAAAUGUCAAGAAAGGCUGACUGUAGUUGUUUUGGUUUGAGAGGAGCUCUGAAAAAUGUGGUUUGUGCAGUCUCCAUGGAUACAUUGAUUAAAUAACAACACAAUUUUAUUCUUAUAAAAAAAAUAUUUAAAAACAAUCAAUUUCUGCCUGUUAAUCUCACAAAGUCACAAAAUUAUUCAGUGUAUUGUAAACAGUGUUUUGCUCCAUUGCAGUUUAGUGAUGUAUCAUUUUCAGAAGUCAACUGAAUGUUAACAGUGAAUGUUAAAAUUCAUUAGGAAAAUAAUGAUCUCAGUUUGAGUUAGUCCAGUUGUUAUUACUUUUUUUUUAAUUGCAGGAGAUUAAACUGCUUGUGUUUUAGCAUUUA